AUUUUCUAAAACUACAGUAUUGCAAAGUUUAAUGCUCCUCGUAUUUAAUGACAUUGAAGCCGAAUUCAAUGACUAUUCAAUGAGAGGCCUUCCAAUUCCACCAUUAUUGAAACUACUUGCAGUGUUACGGUAUUAUGGAACUGGAAAUUUCCAAAUAGUUACUGGUGAUUUGGUUGGUAUUAGCCAACCAACUAUAAGUAGAUGUGUAAAAGAUAUUUCAAGAAUAAUAGCAAGUAAGUUACCGACUUUUGUAAAGUUUCCUGCUACCCUAGAAGGAAAAAUACAUAAUCAAGUGUUAUUUUYAAAUAUUGCUGGAUUUGUUGGUGUUGAUGGUGCAAUAGACUGUACCCAUAUACCAAUACUAAAUCCUGGAGGUGACCAAGGGGAAAAUUUCAGGAACAGAAAAGGGAUAUUUUCAAUAAAUSUACAGAUUGUGAGUGGACCUAGAUGUGAAAUACUGGAUAUUGUAGCUAGGUGGCCAGGAUCUGUUCAUGAUAGUCGACGUCUCUUAGGUGAUGGUGGUUAUCCACAAUUGGGAUAUUUGUUUACUCCUGUGCGCAAUCCACAAAAUAGAGCUGAAGAAAGAUACAAUAAAGCUCAUAUAGCCACAAGAAAUACCGUAGAACGACUAAAUGGAAUAAUCAAAAGAAGAUUUAGUUGUUUAUCKAGGAAGUUAGCUACUAAACUAAGUACAACAUUGUUAAUAAUAUCAGCAUGUGCAGUGUUACACAACAUUGCAAUAUUUAGAUAUGAAAACCUACCACACAYAGAUGAAGUUUUGAAUAACAACCAAAUGUUUCAUCAAGAAUAUAAUGGACCACCUAAUUUGUAUGGAAAUAUAGUUAGAUCAGAAUUCAUAAAUAUGCAUUUUUCUUAG